CUUUCGUUCCGCGAGCGAAGAACCUUCCCUCGGACACGUUCGGGUUCCGGGACGGCGGCUCGAGCCGGGCAGCUCUGCCGCUCGCAACCCUCCGCAACACCGAGACAUCCCCCCCCACCAAGGCGCUCUCCCGCUUCCCGCCCGUUGGCGCCCGCGGCGCCGGAAGUGGCCGCGCCCUUCCGGUACGGAGCUUUUGGCGCGCGGAGCGCAGUGCGGCGCUGCGCCGCCCGGGCCGGGCCGCCAUGUCCCGUGAGGAACCGCUGCCCGAGCCCGAGCCCGAGCCCGAGCCCGGGGCCACUAUCGAGCGGCUGUGCCGGGAGCUCAAUCUGGACGCGGGCAGCGCGGCCGAGGCGCUGCGCGACUUCACGGUGCUGCGCGGCACCUACAGCCUGGAGGGGGACGCGCAGCACUGGCUGGCCUGCGCGUUGUACGCCGCGUGCCGCCGCAGCGUGCUGCCCACCGUGGGGAGCGGCCUGAUGGAGGGCAACUGCGUGUCGCUGACCCGGAUCCUGCGCUCCGCCAGGCUCAGUUUGAUUCAGUUCUUUAGCAAAAUGAAGAAGUGGAUGGACAUGUCGAAUGUGCCGCAGGAGUUUCGGGAGCGGGUGGAUAGGCUGGAGAGGAACUUCGAGGUGUCCACUGUCAUCUUCAGGAAGUUUGAACCGAUAUUUUUGGAUAUCUUUCAAAACCCUAACGAAGAAGCUUCGAAACCCCAACGGAGCAGGAAGCAGAGGCGGGUGCUGUGUGGUGUUAAGGAUCUCUUCAACUUCUGCUGGACCCUGUUUGUAUACACUAAGGGUAAUUUCCGUAUGAUUGGAGAUGAUUUAGUGAAUUCCUAUCAUCUGCUUCUGUGCUGCUUGGACCUGGUUUUUGCAAAUGCCCUUUUGUGUCCAAAUCGAAGAGAUUUGCUAAAUCCGUCAUUUAAAGGCUUACCAGCAGACUUCCAUGCAUCAGAGACAAAAGCCUUGGAGGACCCUCCGUGCAUCAUUGCCACACUGUGUGAGCUGCAUGACGGGCUUCUCGUAGAAGCGAAAGGAAUAAAGGAGCACUACUUCAAGCCGUACAUUUCAAAGCUGUUCAGUAGGAAGAUCUUAAAAGGAGAAUGUCUGUUGGAUCUUUACAAUUUUACAGAAAAUAACAAAGCGCUGAAUAAAGAGUACGAAGAGUAUGUUCUAACGGUGGGUGACUUUGACGAGAGAGUUUUCCUAGGAGCGGAUGCUGAGGAGGAAAUUGGCACUCCUCGGAAGUUUCCCACAGACUUGCCAGGGGGGAAAACAGCAGCGAGAGCUCAUGUGGAGUGUCACCUUCAGCAGCAUUUUGAAAAGAAAAGGUCAUUUGCACCUUCAACUCCCCUGACUGGAAGAAGAUACCUACGAGAAAAGGAAGCUGUCAUCACUCCUGUUGCUUCAGCCACACAAAGUGUGAGCCGGUUGCAGAACAUUGUGGCUGGGUUGAAAAACGCACCUAGUGACCUACUUAUGACUAUUUUUGAGCUUUCUUCUGGUGUUCUCCUGCAGGUCUUGUGCACGCAGCCCUGCGGAAAGCAUCAUGAACAGAGUGAGAGAAAUAGGAGAGACGUUCUGUCACAGCUACACUCAGCCAACAGACGAACUGCCAGGAUCUCAUAUAGAUUAAAACUGGCAGAGAUCUUGUACUAUAAGAUCUUGGAGACUAUAAUGGUACAAGAAAUGCGAAGACUACAUGGAAAGGACAUGACUGCUCUCUUGGAGCAAGAUGUGUUUCACCGCUCCCUCAUGGCAUGCUGCUUGGAGAUUGUGCUUUUUGCGUACAGCUCUCCUCGCACCUUUCCCUGGAUAAUCGAAGUGCUUGACCUCAGGCCGUUCUAUUUUUAUAAGGUAAUUGAAGUACUGAUUCGGUCUGAAGAAGGACUUUCCAGAGACAUGGUGAAGCACCUUAACAGCAUUGAGGAGCAAAUCCUGGAGAGCCUCGCCUGGACUCGGGAUUCGGUGCUCUGGAGUGCUCUCCAGGCUUCAGAAAACAAGGUUCCCACCUGUGAAGAAGUAAUAUUUCCCAAUAAUUUUGAAGCAAGCAAUGGAGGAAGUGGGCUUGGGCAUUUGCCUAUGAUGCCAAUAUCUCCUAUAGUUCAUCCUCGAGUAAAAGAGGUUCGGACAGAUCUUGGUGGGAAUUUAAGACGGGACAUGCAGCCAUUGUCACCAAUCUCUGUGCAUGAGCGCUACAGUUCGCCUAUGGCAGGAAGUGCCAAGAGAAGACUCUUCGGAGAUGACAGCCCCAAAGAAAUGCAGAUGGAAAAGAUUUUAAAAGAGGGAACUAAGUUGACAAUUGCUCCAGCAUCAAGCAUUGCUGCUGAAAACGUGUCCAUCUCUCCUGGGCAAACAGUACUGACUGUGACAACAGCAACAGUAGCGGGAAAAGCAGGACAGAAAGUUACUAUCCCACUGCACGGUAUCGCAAACGAAUUGGGUGGGAUCACAUUGAUACCCAUCUCGAUGAAUCUAGGUCAGGCACCUAAAAUAGAGCCUCAGGCUCCCUGCUACCCUCAGGUGAAUCAGGAACAAGAAGUGCAUCUCUUAUCAGGAAACAAACCAAAGAAAACAGGAUCCUUGGCGCUGUUUUACAGGAAGGUUUACCAUCUGGCAAGCGUGCGCUUGCGUGAUCUGUGUUUAAAGCUGGAUGUCUCCAACGACUUGCGCAGGAAGAUAUGGACAUGUUUUGAAUUCACGUUGGUUCAUUGUGCUGAUCUAAUGAAGGACAGACAUUUGGACCAGCUUCUCCUCUGUGCCUUUUAUAUCAUGGCAAAGGUCACCAAAGAGGAAAGAACUUUCCAGGAUAUAAUGAAAAGUUACAGGAAUCAGCCACAAGCAAACAGCCAUGUUUAUAGGAGCGUCUUGUUAAGAAACACUUCUGCCGAUGCCCUUUUGGACAGAAAUGCAAACCAAAAUGUACAGAUGGCAGAAGACUCAUCUGUGAGAACUGGUAAUUCCUUGGGAAGAUCUGCAGCAGAGAACUCCACUGAGUUGGGAACAGAGGAGAGAGGAGAUCUCAUUAAAUUUUACAAUGCGGUCUAUGUAGGAAGAGUAAAAUCUUUUGCACUGAAGUACGAUAUCACAAACCAGGAUCAUGUAAUGGAAGCCCCCCCUUUGUCUCCGUUCCCCAGCAUUAAGCAGCAGCCGGUUUCACCUCGGCGCAUCUCUCAGCAGCACUCUGUUUACGUUUCACCUCACAAGAACGGUUCCUGCCUGACACCGCGAACUGCGCUCCUGUAUAAAUUUAAUGGGAGCCCUUCCAAGAGUUUGAAGGAUAUCAACAAUAUGAUAAAACAAGGUGAACACAGGAGUAAGAAACGAGCGAUAACAAUUGAUAAUGACACCGACCCCCCUAUGAAGCGACUCUGCCAGGAAAAUGAUGACGUUCUACUUAAGCGCCUUCAGGAUGUUGUCAGUGAAAGAGCAAAUCACUAAAACUGCCAGUUUUCUGUGGGAUCUCGGAGCUAUCUCCAACACUUUGAUGCAGCUGUUCUGCUACUGCUUCCUUUUACGAUGUGGUAUAUACAGACAAAUGCCAUGUUUCGUUAACAUUGAACCUCUGACUUCCACGGGAUGCAGAGAGCAAGAGUUGGGUAGUAAGUGACAGAGAAUGGAAGGUGGGUUUUAUUCCCAGUGAACAUACUGUACUAUAAGUUACUCUCUUUGAGUUGUUUUAGGAAAAGAGUGAUCUGCAGGAAGCUGUGAUGGAUUUUCUUGAGCCUAAUCUAGAGUAUUGAAGUUCUGAGUGUAACUCAGCUUCUAGUAACCGUUUUAUUUGUAGAAUAAAAACAGUAUGGAAAUGAGUGAAGUUGGUUAAGUUUCUCAAGCUUUGGUACUUGAGGUAGAACCUUUUAAGUGCCUUAUUUUUAAAAGAAUGUGGAGUAACUGGAGAGGAGAACAGACUGAUUCAGUCUCAGGAAGAGUGGAACAGUUCUGAAGUGCGUGACUUGAUGUCCUCUGCUAUUAUCUCCUGUUAGAGCUUCAGCAAAGGUGUACAUUAUAACACGGAUCAGAGAGCUUCUGUGGCAAUAAUCAAGAAGUAGAAACAGCAGUAGUUUAAUUUGGAUGCUGAGAACUGAAAAAGCACUGAGAUACCUUUCUGAAUACUAAGUCUGAAUUACCCUUCUCCUAAGCCAGUGAGUGCUGUCAUGGGAGCUGCUCCUUUCCAAUGGGAAGCUUGGUUGCUGCCUUGCUGUAGAAGCUGUUGAUAUUGUAGCUUAACUACAAAGACGUACGAGUUGGUUACAGUUGGAAAAACAGCUUGGGCCUUCACUGCCUUACAGCUGUUGAAACGUGCAAAUUCAUUUACCAUAUUAUAUAUCUCUACAUUUUAUUUUAAGAUCUUACUCUCUUGUUGUGUAGUAUCUACACUGAAAGUAAACCCAUCGGAUAAGGUAUGUUUGUAUAUAGGUCUUUUAUAGCUACUAAAGGAUUGGUUUCAUUGGAAAUGCGUAACUUCCAGGAUCUGUUUCUUACAACUAAGUUGUUAGCACUGAGGGAUUUUAUAGGAUUUGUUUUACCAGAAUUGAAAAAGUUGAGUUUACUGUAAGUCAGUAUUUUGAUCUUAUUUCUUUAAAUGUAAUUAAGUUAGAGCCAUACAGAAACUUCUCAGCACUGUAUUUUUGUGUGUGUGUGUGUAUUAUGCUGGAAAAAAAUAGCAGUUCCAUAGGAUUUGUGCAAAGGGCUCUGUUCACUUCGUUGUUUGGUUUGUUUAGUAUGUGCUGCCAGGUCUGCUGUGCUGCACUUAUGGGGAAGAAAGCUUGUGUGAUCUCAGACAGCCUCAGCUAGUGAAUCUGGCCAGGGAACAUGGGGAGUGUAUGCAUACUGUACGUGUGCAGGGACCCUACUCAGCAAGGAUAGGAAGUUUACAGACCAGUUCAUUUUUGAACUGUUAACUACUUUGAUUUUUUAUUUCCAAAAAAAGGUGCUCAUUUCCAAAAGAUGUGACAGUAUGGAGCUGUAGUAUGGGGUAAUGGACACAGACAACUACUGUGUCAGUGUUCAGUUCCUUUAUUUUUGUUCAGUUUGAAUAUUUGUCUUCAGAUCGUGAGACAAAAUGUACAACAGAAACUUACUUUGUCUUGAUCCACUCCUCUGUGCUGUUACAACCAUAUCCCUUCAGUGCUUAACCCACUCCCUAGAAGCCUCCGGCAUUGUGGGGGAAAUGAAUCCUGAUUUAGCCCUACUUGCAGGAGGAUUGCAGCCUUCCUGGGUGAUGAAUGUAACAUCAGGCUUAACAGGGUUAAGUUUUUCAGCAGUAUUGCACGUUAAGAACAUAGCUGAUUCGGUUGUAGUGUAACAUCCCUUGAAGAUCAUUGAUGAUUCCUAGGGUUGGAAGGGGCCUCAAGGAUUGUCAAGUCCCAUCCCCCUGAGAUCUCUCUCCGUACCACCAUGCCUCCCGUGCUCCUGCAGCCUUCUCUGGAACAGCAGAGAACCGAUGGUGCUAAGAUCCUCACUGGUGUCAUUAAGCAUAGUGUUUUUUUCAUUAGAAAAAUGGAUGUACUACAACUGGAUGCAGUUCAGAUUUUUCACCUGUGUAGGUGACAAUGUGAAAAAUAUUUUUGGACUUGCUGAACAGCUGAAACAGUAGUGUAUGUGAAACUUCUGUAACGGUUUAAAGUGCCUUCACGUGUAAAUAUAUAUUAUAUAAUAAAGAUAUUUUAACCCGA